UACCCUUCUGGAUUUUUUGUUGCCACUGCCCUUUAUUAUCGUACGCUCCAAGUUGUUUUUUUAACUUGCUAAUUUUCGUUCGCGGUUCCACGCUAUAAAUUGCCCACCAACUUUGUUCUUCCGAACCACAACACUUCUCUUCUCUGUUUCCAAAGGCUCUCUCUCUCUGUGUUCUUUGUCUAGUUUUUUAAGGUUCUCUGAUUUACCAACCUGCUAUCAAUGGCGGAUCGUGCCUUGACCCGUGUCCAUAGCCUCCGCGAGAGGUUGGACGUGACUCUCUCUGCUCACCGCAAUGAGAUUGUUGCCCUUCUUUCAAGGAUUAUAAACAAGGGAAAAGGGUUUAUGCAGCCCCAUGAGCUUGUUGCUGAGUUUGAAGCAAUUCCUGAAAGUAACAGACAGAAGCUUUUGGAUGGGGCUUUUGGUGAAGUUUUGACACACACCCAGGAAGUUAUUGUUCUACCCCCAUGGGUGGCUCUUGCUGUGCGCCCACGGCCUGGUGUUUGGGAGUACAUCCGUGUGAAUGUCGACGCACUUGUUGUUGAGGAGCUGCAGGUGCCUGAGUACUUGCACUUCAAAGAGGAACUUGUUGAUGGAAGUGCCAAUGGCAACUUUGUGCUUGAGUUGGACUUCGAACCAUUCAACGCUUCUUUCCCCCGCCCAACUCUUUCCAAGUCCAUUGGAAAUGGCGUUGAGUUCCUCAACCGUCACCUUUCUGCAAAGCUCUUCCAUGACAAGGAGAGCAUGCACCCACUGCUCGAAUUCCUCCGAGUUCACUGCUACAAGGGCAAGAAUAUGAUGCUGAAUGACAGAAUUCAUAACGUGAAUGAACUCCAACAUGUUCUGAGGAAGGCAGAGGAUUACCUCUCCACAAUUGCCCCAGAAACCCCUUACAAGCAAUUUGAGGACAAGUUACAAAAGCUCGGUUUGGAGAGAGGUUGGGGUGACACCGCCGAGCGCGUUCUCGAGAUGAUCCAACUCCUCUUGGAUCUUCUUGAGGCACCUGAUCCUUGCACUCUUGAAAAGUUCCUUGGCCAAAUCCCCAUGGUCUUUAAUGUUGUGAUCCUUUCUCCCCACGGCUAUUUCGCUCAAGACAAUGUCUUGGGGUACCCUGACACUGGUGGCCAGGUUGUUUAUAUCUUGGAUCAAGUUCGUGCUUUGGAGACUGAGAUGCUUAAGCGUAUUAAGCAACAGGGACUGGAUAUCACUCCCCGCAUUAUUAUUCUCACCAGGCUUCUUCCUGAUGCGGUUGGAACAACAUGCGGUGAGCGUCUUGAGAAAGUAUACAACACAGAGUAUUCCCAUAUUCUUCGUGUUCCCUUCAGAACAGAGAAGGGUAUUGUCCGCAGAUGGAUCUCGAGAUUUGAAGUCUGGCCCUACCUAGAGACUUAUGCUGAGGAUGCGAUCCAGGAACUUUCCAAGGAAUUACACGGCAAGCCUGAUCUCAUCAUCGGAAACUACAGUGAUGGGAACAUUGUGGCCUCAUGGAUGGCACACAAAUUGGGUGUUACACAGUGCACCAUUGCCCAUGCCCUGGAGAAGACAAAGUACCCUGAUUCUGACCUUUACUGGAAGAAAUUAGAUGACAAAUAUCACUUCUCAUCCCAAUUUACAGCUGAUCUUAUAGCCAUGAACCAUACUGAUUUCAUCAUCACCAGUACCUUCCAAGAGAUUGCUGGAAGCAAGGACACAGUUGGCCAGUACGAGAGCCACACUGCUUUUACUCUUCCUGGGCUUUACCGUGUUGUUCAUGGUAUUGAUGUCUUCGAUCCCAAGUUCAACAUUGUUUCACCAGGAGCAGACAUGAGCAUUUACUUCCCUUACUUUGAGAAGGAAAAGAGGCUGACAUCAUUCCACCCUGAAAUUGAAGAGCUCCUUUACAGCCAAGUUGAGAACAAGGAACACUUAUGUGUGUUGAAGGACAGGAACAAGCCAAUCAUCUUCACAAUGGCAAGGCUGGACCGUGUGAAGAACAUUACUGGACUUGUUGAGUGGUAUGGUAAAAAUGCCAAGCUUAGGGAAUUGGUUAACCUUGUUGUGGUUGCCGGGGACCGCCGAAAGGAGUCCAAGGACAAUGAGGAGAAGGCUGAGAUGAAGAAGAUGCAUGAGCUGAUUGACACCUACAAGUUGAAUGGGCAGUUCAGAUGGAUUUCAUCCCAGAUGAACCGCGUGAGGAACGGUGAACUCUACCGUGUCAUUGCUGACACCAAGGGAGCUUUUGUGCAGCCUGCUGUGUAUGAAGCCUUCGGCUUGACUGUUGUUGAGGCCAUGACCUGUGGACUUCCAACAUUCGCUACUUGCAAGGGUGGCCCUGCUGAGAUUAUUGUGCAUGGCAAAUCUGGCUACCACAUUGAUCCGUAUCAUGGUGAUCAAGCUUCGGAGAUCCUUGUUGACUUCUUUGAGAAAAGCAGGGCAGAUCCUAGCCACUGGGACAAGAUUUCUCAGGGUGGCUUGCAGCGUAUUUUUGAGAAGUAAGCACAGCCCUCUUGUGCAGCAACAUAAU